GACGAGCCCUGUGAAGCAGCGGUGAGCGCCGGCUGGCUUGCAGUACAGAGAUGUGAGGAAUUAUUUGCCAUGACACUAAAUCGGUAUCUGGACAGGCCAGGGCGAUGAAUAGCCGGAGAUCCUCCACUGCAGUCCGAGUCCAAUCACUCUGUCUGGGGGGCUGACCACUUACUCAGAGUGCUUGAGUUCUAACCAUGGUACCCAUCAUGGAGGGCACACACACUGUGUUGCUCCUCUACGCACCCAUCUACGAGCUAAGCAACAUCAGCCUGUAUUUCCCCAAGAGGCGGGCCUCGGGCUUCAAGUACAAGAGCCGCGCCCCUCAUCCAGCAAGAGCCUGUAAUGACCAUGACUGUGGAAAGGAGGAUCCCGCCGUGUCCAAACAAAGAGGCCAGUCUUCCGGCUACUCGGGCGAACUCCUCAUCAACCAGCAGGCAACAAAGGAGGCGAUCGCAGAGCUCUGCUGGCUUGUAGCGGAGCACCACCAGUUUCUGGCGGAUCUCUUAUCGCUGUGUAGGGAUUGCGCCAUCAAAGUCAGGAUGGGUAACCAGGAUGGGAAGCUCCAGGAUUACAUGGAGGGUCAGGAGGUUCACCUCGGAGGUCAGGUCCUCAGCAGCAGCAGCGGCGGCUAUUCUCUCACGGUGUCUCCAGAUAAUAAGAGAGCUACAUCCAAGAGCAAAAAGCUGAAGAAGUUGGGAGGCAAGAAGCUUUACAGCGCCGAGGAUAUCCUGCACAGUAAGAUGAAGAAGAAAGUUAAGAGUGGAUCUUCAUCUAAUGCGCGUCCUUCUCACAACAAUGCGUCCACAUGUUCAGCCUCAGUUACGCAGCAGGUCCCAGGUACCUCGGCCUCUGGCCAUGUCACUGACAGCCCAGUCACCGGCUCCUACGUCAGUGCAGUCAGUAAUCCCAUCCUGCCCGUGGAGGAACCCUUCCAGAUCACUCGUGAGGGUUGGGACUUCAUGGAGGACAGCCAGACCUUUGACCCCGACAUCGACUUCUGCAACGACUUCUCAGAGUACGACGGCGAGCUGGGUUACGAGUCAUCAUUCUGCAGCCUGAUGGAGGGUCUGACUCGGCGGGAAAGCGGGAGCAACCUUCGCCCAGUUAAGAGGUCCGAUUCCCUGGGCGAGACAGUUUCUCAGAAUGGAUUGGCAGCCAUGUCGGCUCAGCAGCUGUAUGGCGAAAUCAACCAGAAUAAUAAAGGGGUGAGGGUGGUGGCCAAAGUGCAGGAUGUGGACGGGAGAGUGCUACAUGUCAACCAUACAGGCGCCGACAGGGCAGGGCCAGGCAUGCUACAUUCAGGGACUAGCGGCUGCCAGCAGGGGUAUGGAGAGUGGAGAGUCAUUAGAGAAAAGGCCGGUAAGAAGCUCUAUGAGGGGCUACGUUUACCCCUAUCGCAUACCACCGAACCUCACCCCCAGCCAAAUACCACAGAAAGAGCCCUUCUUCACCAUCUCUCGCUGGGGUCUUCAACACGUCUUUCCCUGCCUCCAACAGUCCUCAGAGCAUGUCCCCAGUCCUGUCCCCUCUGUCCUCCAAGCGGGUGAGCCCUCAGCUCAACCACCGCAUCGUUCUGCUCUCGGAUAAGGAUGUGGACCACGAGCAAGACAGCUCCAGUAACACAGAUGAGCCCCAAAUCUUCUC